AUGACAGAUAUGUCAAACACUACUACUGAUGGUAAUGUUUCUAGUAUUGUUGUUCCAGGACAAUAUAUUAGUCCUACUUAUAAAUUAGAAAAUAGCAACAACGAUUCAUCUAUACCAGUGAAAUAUAUUCCUGGAUCGGGGACAAUAAUAUCAAAUAUCAAUAUCCCAUCGCCAAACACCUCAACAAACUCAGUUAAAUCAAUGCCAAUUAUAGUAUCGACAAUAUUAGGGAAUGUAUCCAUCUCACCUAUUGAUCAAACCCCAACAUCAAAACCAUCCAACAAUGAUGAUAUGGUUAUCGAUAAUGAGCAAACUAAACUGGAUGAAGAUAAAGAUAAAGAUAAAUAUGUUAAAAGUUAUUUAGUUUCUGUGAUACCAAAAUCUACCAAACAUCAAUCCACCACCUCCACCACUACUAGUAAUCAAUCAGGCUCCAAGGCAAUUUCAGCAAUUGCAUUACCUAAAGAAAAUGAUAUUGUAUUAGUUCGUAUUACUAAAAUCACUAAAAUCCAAGCAUAUUGUGAAAUCAUAUCAUUAGAUACCACCACCAACAUUUUACCAGAUUCAGGUCUUGGUAAUAAUGGGAAUGGAUCACAUGUAUCAAUGUCAAUUACCGGAAGUAAUUCUCAACAUAAUUUCAAUCAAAAUUCAAUUGCUUCUAGUCAAUCAACUAAUCAAUCAGUACAAAUUUAUGAAUUGGGAGAAAAUUUUAAAGGGAUAAUUAGAAUUAAUGAUAUUAGAUCGACUGAAAGAGAUAAAUUAAAAUUAAUUGAUUGUUUUAAACCCGGUGAUAUUGUUAAAGCUCAAGUUAUAUCAUUAGGUGAUGGAUCUAAUUAUUAUUUAACAACGGCAAAAAAUGAGUUAGGGGUUGUUUUCGCUAAAAGUGAAAAUGGUGCUGGUGAUUUAAUGUAUCCUAUUGAUUGGCAAAAUAUGAUUGAUAUUAAUAGUGGGGUUAUAGAAAAACGUAAAAAUGCCAAUCCAUUUUUACAAUAA